UGCUAUCGAUGGUUUCCGAUUUCUAAUCUCUAUUAACAUCCAGCCUUUUAUUAAAAUGCAUUCAAUUUUAUUGUGUCACAAUUCUAAAGUUAAAAAUACAUAUAUAGCAAAUUUUUCUGUUCUGGAUAUAAUAGACAAACGCUCAUUGAGAACUCCAAACAUGUUCGUUAAGUGUUCGUUUAAAAAUACUGUGAAUUACUUGCGUCGUUGGUGACAAAAUUAUAAUGAAAUCGCUCUUAACAUGUACUUGAUUUUUCUUGCGUCAAGCGGUGUGGUCAAAACUUGUGCAAAAAUAUUGGAGCCCUUAAUUUGGAUACAAACCGCAAUAAUACAAAAGUUUGCAGUCCAUGCUCAACUAAGUUGCGUAAACAUGUCUUUAAAAUCGAUUGCAUAUGCCUGUGGAGCCACUGACAGCGCGAACCUAUCUAAUCAAAGUAAUGUUUUUAAAGUAAAAUAUCCCUUCACGAAACCUGUAACCCAAAACAUUCUUGCGAAUCUGAUAUCAGGGUUAAGCAUGCCGUUUUGUAAGGACGUAAAUAAAAAGCCAAAUAACGCCACGUCGAUUCUCCUUGCAAGCGAUGAAGGAAUAGUAUCGGACGAGCAUCCAAUAAAUCUUAGCUGCCCCUACAGGAGACAACGCCAGCGUACUAUUUCUGAAAAUAGUGAUGACAUUUGCUUCUUGGAAGAUGAAAGCAAUAAUCAUAAAUGUGAUUUCUCACCAACCUAUUAUGCAGAAGAUGAUGAUUAUGACUUGGACGAUACAGAUUCAGAAGACGAAGGCUGCACCAGUACCCGCAAUCCUCAUGCUGAAAAACAAGAUAUAAAUCACAGUUUAGAAGCGAAUGUUGCAAUAGGCAACGGUAUAAAAAUUGACGGAAAUAUUAAAAAAGUUCGCUUUAACCUUAAUCCAGAGGUCCAUACGAUGUACGCAUGGAGUUUUGCUUACAAAUCCGCAAGAAAGGGGCAUUGGGAAAGUCUUGCCCGUGACCGAGAUCGUUUUCGCAAACGAAUUGAGAAUACAUCCAAAUAUUUGAAUCCAAUUUUAAGACCUGAACAUCGUAGUUUUAUAUAUAAUACUAGGUUUAGUAAUGAUGUGUAGAUUUUUGGCUAAGUAGAAUGUAUUAGAGACCGUAAAUAAAAGUUAUUUUCAAAUUUUGGAAUCAAAAAGACA